CUUUGAUGUAAUAAUAAAAAUUCGGAAACGCUGGAAUUUCUAUUCGAUUGAUUGCCAAAAGUUUUUUUAUUUUGCACGGAAAAUGGAAGAAUGCGAACUUAAAAACGUCUGUAGGGCUUGUCUAACGGAGCAGGGAGAGUUCCAGUCCAUAUUCAUUACCGAAAACGAUUCUGGAAUUUCCCUACAUGUAUCAGAAAUGAUGACAGCGUUCGCUUCGAUUCAAAUUACCCUAGGGGAUGGAUUGCCUGAGCAAAUUUGCAAGGCCUGCGUGACCGAAACUGUAAAUUUCUACUCGUUCAAGCUAAAAUGCGAGGCCAGCGAUAAAUUUCUAAGAGAAAAACUGAAAAAAGACGAUUUAUGUAAAAACAGUGAUACCGAACAGUUCAAAAGUGAAGUUCUCGAGAUCGAUAUAACCGAAGGAAACGAGAACGAUAUGAACUCAUGCUUCGAUACCUACAGUAACGACAGCGAAGAUUCCAAGCAAUCGAAAGAAGAAAUAGAAACAUCCCCUAAAGAAAAAUCCAAAGAAUUCUGGUGCGACAUAUGUACGAAGCAAUUUACGAGGAACGAUUUACUAUUAAGGCACCGCAUAGCACACGCCAUGAAAAUGGAGAAUCAAAAAUUCGAUUUCAACAACGACUAUCAACUCGAAGACGACGACGAUAAAUUCGUCGAAGUCAAAAACCUAGCAUAUGCAUGUAACAAGUGCGAAUCCAUUUUCGUAGAAAAGAACGAUUUGGACAUACACAUGAAAUGCCACAGCAAAGCCGAGUACAACGUGUGCUGCGAGAUUUGCCACAAGAAAUUCUCGAAGCUAGCACAUCUAAACAGGCAUUUACGCACGACACAUUUAAUAGAGAAACAAUUCAAAUGCGAAAUGUGCGAAAAGACCUUUCAAAAGCAAGAACAAUUAAGGAACCACAUGAACGGCCACACGGGGCUCAAACCCCACAUUUGCGACAUUUGCUGCAAAGGUUUCAACCAAAUCUCGAACUUGAAAGACCACAUGCGGACCCACAACGGCGAGAAGCCUUUCCUGUGCUCCACCUGCGGUAAAGGAUUCAAUCAAUUAGGCAACCUCAGGCAGCACACGGUGAGACACAGCGGGGUUAAGGCCCACCUGUGCAGCACCUGCGGCAGCGGGUUCGCCAGCAAAGGCGAGCUAUCCGCGCAUUUGCGCAAGCACACCGGCGCCCGGCCUUUUGUUUGUACUGUAUGCAAUCACGGAUUCACCACUUCGAGUUCCUUGACGAAGCAUAAGAGGAUCCAUUCCGGGGAGAAGCCGUACGAGUGCGAUACAUGCAAGAUGAAAUUCUCUAGGUCCGGUAUUUUAGCGCGGCAUAAAAGGACGCAUACUGGAGAGAAACCAUACAAGUGUAAAUUUUGUUUUAAAGCUUUUUCGCAAUCGAACGAUUUGACAUCGCACCAAAGGAUUCAUACGGGGGAAAAGCCGUUUAUAUGCGACGAGUGCGGGCAGGCCUUCAGGCAGAGCUCGGCUCUGAAAACCCACAAGAAGACCCAUAAAGAGAAAAACGUUCAGCAAGUGAAGGUUGACGCGAAACCUAUUUUUGUUACCGAAUUUAUACCUGGAUUUUAGCGAAUGGAGUGAGUGGGUUUCCGUUUGGUUUUAUUGAAACUGUUGGCUCCGUUUUGGGCCAAUUGUUGUGUUAUGUGAGGAGAAGGAGUAAUUUUUUAUUAGUUCUUUUAGUACGAUUCUUGGAAUUAAGAAUAAUCGCUUUAAUAACGUGUUCAUUAAAAUAAUAUAAAGAUUUUUUUUAGUCCUUAAGCCAAAUAUUAAGAUAACUGUUAUAUUUUUACAUAUUGAUAUAAAUAAACCAUUAUUUUUUAGUAUUUUGAAUUAAGUCUUUUUAAAAUAGCGUAGGCAUUGUUG